CACUACGAUCAGGCAACCAGCAGCAGCGAGCAACGCUUUCUCUCUCCCCCCCGACCUAAACAAUGACUACUACCAGCACCACUGAGCGGAGGUCGGGGAUCCAGUAGCAUGCGUAAAACACGGCACCAAAUCUCUCCAUUUCGCCGCUUUUCCAAACCGUUGACUUUAACGCGCCAGCUGUAAACAUGUGGAUACCCACUGAACACGAGAAAUACGGCGUCGUGUUGGCCAGCUUCAGAGGGACCGUUCAGCAUGGCCUCCCGCUGGAAAUCGGAGACACGGUGCAGAUCCUGGAGAAAUGCGAAGGCUGGUACCGUGGAUUCAUCCUGAAGAACCCCAACACCAAGGGGAUCUUCCCAUGCAGCUACAUCCACUUGAAGAGCGCCCACAUCAAGAACAAAGGGCAGUUUGAGACGGUCAUCCCAACGGAGGACUCCGUCAUCACCGAGAUGACCUCGACCCUCAGAGACUGGGGGGCGAUGUGGAAGCAGCUCUAUGUGAAGAACGAGGGUGACCUGUUCCACCGGCUGUGGCACGUGAUGAACGAGAUCCUGGACCUGCGGCGGCAGGUGCUGGUCGGCCAUCUGACGAACGACCGCAUGAGGGACGUCAAGCAGCACAUCACGGCCCGGCUGGACUGGGGCAACGAGCAGCUGUGCCUGGACCUGGUGCCCCGGAGAGAGUUCAGCAUGGUGGACCCCGACGAGAUCAGCGUCACAGAGCUCUACAGACUGAUGGAGCACCGUCAUCGUAAGAAGGACACCCCCGUGCCGGCCAGCACCCACCACCUCUUUGUCAACAUGAAGAGCUUAAUGGGCGCCAACCUGGGGGAGGAGCUCGAGGUCUUCUUCCACAUCUAUGACGGACGGGAGAAUAAACCAAUCAGUGAGCGAUUCUUUGUGAGACUCAAUAAGACUGGAGUGCCCAAGUCCCCGGAGAAGACGGAGAGACAAUGCACUCUGUUUGUGGAUCUGGGCAGCAGCGACCUGAGGAAAGAUGUUUACAUUGUGGUUCACAUCGUCAGAAUAGGGAGGAUGGGCACGGGGGAGAAGAAGAGCCUGUGUAGCGUUCAGUACCGCCGCCCGUUUGGCUGUGCGGUGGUCAGCAUCGCAGACCUGCUCACCGCAGACUCCAAAGACGACCACCUGCUCAAAGUCUACUCGUGUACCACGGAGAGCGAGUGGCACCAGAUCCACGAGAACCUCAUCAAGAAGGCCAGCUCCCGAUACAACCUGUCUGGCUCCAACACAGGCUUGUCGGUGGCUCUCCAGCUCCUUCACGGGGACAUAGACCAGCUGAGGAGGGAGUACCUGGUCCUGUUCAAGCGCGGUGUCUCCAUCACCAGGAAGCUGGGCUUCUCUGAUGUCAUCAUGCCAGGAGAGCUGCGCAACGACCUCUACAUCACCCUGGAGAGGGGCGAGUUUGAAAAGGGCGGGAAGAGCGUGGCGCGCAACGUGGAGGUGACCGUGUACGUGCUCGACAUCGACGGGCAGAUCCUCAAGAGUCACGUUGCGGCGGGGUCUGGUGAGCCCGGUGGGGACGACUACCACUCGCUGGUGCUGUACCACAACAACACCCCCCGCUGGGCGGAGCACGUCAAGCUGCCCAUCCCCGUGGACAUGUUCCGCGGCUCGCACGUCCGCUUCGAGUUCAGACACUGCUCCACCAAAGACAAGGGGGAGAAGAAGCUGUUUGGCUACUCCUUCGUGCCGCUGAUGCAGGAGGACGGACGGACACUGCCGGACGGCACGCAUGAGCUCAUCAUCCACAAGUGCGAGGAGAACGCCAACCUCGGUGAGUGCAGUCGCUACAUCAAGCUGCCCUUCUCCAAGACCAACCUGCCGGCCAACAACCAGACCCUCAAGUCCACCAAGGAGUCCUUCUGGAUCACCAGCUUCCUGUGCUCCACCAAGCUCACGCAGAACGGUGACAUGCUGGACCUGUUAAAGUGGCGGGCCCACCCUGAGCGCAUCAACGACAGCCUUUCCAAACUGAAGGAGAUCGAUGGCUCUGAGAUCGUUAAGUUCCUGCAAGACACCCUGGACACUCUGUUUGGUAUUCUGGACGAGAGCUCCAAGAGAUACGGGCUCAAGGUGUUUGAUUCGCUGGUUCACAUUAUAAACCUUCUCCAGGACAGCAAGUUCCAGCAUUUCAAACCAGUCAUGGACACGUACAUUGAGAGCCACUUCGCCGGAGCACUGUCAUACAGGGACCUCAUCAAGGUGCUGAAGUGGUACGUGGAUCGCAUCGUGGAAGCAGAGCAUCAGGAUCACAUCCAGCAGGUGCUAAAGGCUAGCGAGUACAUCUUCAAGUACAUCAUCCAGUCCCGCCGGCUCUACUCGCUCGCCACCGGCGGCCAGAACGAGGACGAGUUCCGGAUCUGCGUCCACGAGCUCUUCAUGUCCAUCCGCUUCUUCCUGUCCCAGGAAAACAAGCCCGCCUGCCCCGUCACGCAGACACAGGCGGUGUUCCUACGGACCUUCCCGGCGAUCUACGCUGAGCUGCUGAAGAUCUUCACGGUGCGCGAGGUGGCUGGCUUCGUCCGCGAGACGCUGGCCAGCCUGCCUACCACGGCUCAGUCAGAGUGCCCCCUAGAGGCCGUGAAGCUGCAGUGCAUCGCCAAGACGGUGGAGAGCCAGCUGUACACCAACCCGGAGUCGCGGUGCGUCCUGGUCCCGGUGGUUCUGCGCCUCCUCCAGGCCCACAUGCAGGAGCAGCGGGAGCUGGUGAUGUGCGCUCGCAUCCUCACCUCCAUGCUGUCGCUCAUCAAGAAGGAGGAGACCGGCACGCCCGAGCCGGUGAUGUCUGAGGAGGUGGAGCUUAUCGUGGACAGCCUGCUGGGGGUGCUCCUACGGACCAUCCUGGAGAUCACCAACAGACCCCAGCCCGCGGGGUCCUCCCUCAGGCUGCAGUUCCAGGACGUCACCGGGGAGUUUGUGGGCUGUCUGCUGGCACUGCUCAGGGAGAUGAGUGACCGACACUACCAGCAGCUGCUGCAGUCCUUCACCAGCAAGGAAGACCUACGGGACUUCCUCCUGCAAAUCUUCACCGUGUUCAGGAUUCUGAUUCGCCCAGAGAUGUUUCCCAAAGACUGGACCGUGAUGCGAUUGGUCACCAACAAUGUCAUCAUCACAACGGUGCUAUAUCUGUCUGAUGCACUGAGAAAGAACUUCCUCAAUGACAAGUUUGACUACAAGGUGUGGGACUCGUAUUUCUACCUAUCGGUGAUCUUCAUCAACCAGCCCUGCCUCCAGCUGGAGUCCUUCUCCCCCUCGAAGAGGAAGAGGAUCCUCGAGAAAUACGGGGACAUGAGGGUGAUGAUGGGGUGUGAGAUCUUCAGCAUGUGGCAGAAUUUAGGGGAGCACAAGCUGAACUUCAUCCCGGCUAUGAUCGGGCCCUUCCUGGAGGUCACGCUGGUGCCGCAGCCCGACCUCCGGAACGUCAUGAUCCCCAUCUUCCACGACAUGAUGGACUGGGAGCAGAGGCGCAGCGGGAACUUCAAGCAGGUGGAGGCCAAGCUGAUCGACAAGCUGGACAGCCUAAUGUCUGAGGGGAAGGGCGACGAGACCUACCGGGAGCUCUUCAACAGCAUCCUGCUAAAGAAGAUCGAGCGAGAGACAUGGAGAGAGAGUGGCAUCUCUCUGAUUGCCACUGUCACGCGUCUAAUGGAGAGGCUGCUGGACUACAGGGACUGCAUGAAGCUGGGCGAGGUGGACGGCAAGAAGAUAGGCUGCACCGUCAGCCUCCUGAACUUCUACAAGACGGAGCUGAACAAGGAGGAGAUGUACAUCCGCUACAUCCACAAGCUGUACGACUUGCACCUCAAAGCACAGAACUAUACCGAGGCCUCGUACACGCUCCUGCUGUACGACGAGCUGCUGGAGUGGUCGGAGCGCCCGCUCCGGGAGUUCCUCAACUACCCCAUGCAGAGCGAGUGGCAGCGGAAGGAGUGCCUCCACCUCACCAUCGUCCAGAACUUCGACCGGGGAAAGUGUUGGGAGAAUGGGAUUAUCUUGUGUCGAGAGCUGGCCGACCAAUAUGAGUCCUUCUACGACUACAGGAACUUGAGCAAGAUGAGAAUGAUGGAAGCGUCCCUCUACGACAAAAUCAUGGACCAGCAAAGGCUAGAACCUGAAUUCUUCCGAGUGGGUUUCUAUGGAAAGAAGUUCCCCUUCUUCCUACGGAACAAGGAGUUUGUGUGCCGUGGCCAUGACUACGAGAGGCUGGAGGCCUUUCAGCAGCGGAUGCUCAACGAAUUCCCCUACGCCAUAGCCAUGCAGCACGUGAACCAGCCCGACCAAACCAUCUACCAGGCAGAGGCCCAGUACCUGCAGAUCUACGCCGUGACCCCCAUCCCGGAGAGCCAGGACGUGCUGCAGCGGGACGGCGUGCCCGACAACAUCAAGAGCUUCUACAAGUUCAACCACAUCUGGCGCUUCCGCUACGAUCGGCCGUUCCACAAAGGCACCAAGGACAAGGAGAACGAGUUCAAGAGCUUAUGGGUGGAGAGAACGACACUCACUCUGGUGCAGAGUCUACCCGGCAUCUCAAGAUGGUUCGAGGUGGACAAAAGAGAGUUGGUGGAGGUGAGCCCGCUGGAGAACGCCAUCGAGGUGAUCGAGAACAAGAACCUGCAGCUGCGGACGCUGAUCAGCCAGUGUCAGAGCCGGCAGAUGCAGAACGUCAACCCCCUGACCAUGUGCCUCAACGGGGUGGUGGACGCCGCCGUCAACGGGGGUCUGGCCCGCUACCAGGAGGCCUUCUUCGUGAAGGACUACGUGAUGAACCACCCAGAGGACGGGGACAAGAUCACCCGCCUGAGGGAGCUCAUGUUCGAACAGGCGCACAUCCUGGAGUACGGUCUGGCCGUGCACGAGAAGUACGUCCCUCAGGAUAUGAGGCCUCUGCAUAAGAAGCUGGUGGACCAGUUCCACCUCAUGAAGUCCAGUCUGGGAAUACAGGAGUUUCCGGCGUACGUGCGCGCCAGUCCCGUGCACUUCACCAACGGAAGCCCGCGCACGUGCAGGAACUCGGUGCCCAACAUCAUCAGUCCAGAGGGAGGCAGGGGGGGGGUGGCCCGACGCAGUCCCCUCAGCUACCCGGCUGCGAACCGCUACUCGUCUUCGUCGCUGUCGUCCCAGGCCUCCAACGAAGUCAGCAACAUCACGGGCCAAUCAGAGAGCUCAGACGAGGUCUUCAACAUGCAGCCCAGCCCCUCUACCUCGAGCCUCAGCUCCAACCACUCCGCCUCGCCUAACGUGACGAGCUCAGCCCCGUCCAGCGCCCGAGGUUCCCCGCAGCUGGCCGACAAACACAAGCACUGCCGGGACAACACGUGUCUCUCUCCGCGGGACCGUCCCGUCAGCGCUGUGUUCCCCAACCCCCUGGACCCCGCACAGAGAGCUUCCUCGCACCAGAUGGGGGACGCCACUCUUCCCAGGAGUGACCCCAACCUUUCAGCCCCCGAUAAAGGCUCCUCUGUGAAGAACAUGAGGUCACAGUCGCCCGUCCUCACGUCCAGAUCCCCUCAGAAGAACACCCUGCCGCCCUUCACGCCCUCCCCCACCGAGUGCCCGUCGGCGGGGCUGGUCUCCGCCUCGCCCGUCCUCUCCGGCAGCUACAGCAGCGGCAUCUCCUCGCUGAGCCGCUGCAGCGUGUCCGACGCCUCGGCCACCGAGUACGGCACCCUGGGCGCCGACCACGGCCCCGCCUCCGCCGCCGCGCUGGCCCUGCCCCUCAGCAUGCCCAACUCCGCCUCCGAGGAGCCGGUGCGGCGGGAGAACAAGACGCCGCCGCCGUACAGCGUGUACGAGCGCAACAACCCGUGCCGCCGUCCCGUGCCGCUGCCGCACAGUCUGUCGGUGCCGCCGGCCGCCCAGUCUUCGUCGUGCUCCUCGUCUUCGUCACAGGCGGACCCCCCGGCGCUGCCGCCGAAGCCCCACCAGCUGCGCACCAGCAGCAUGAAGCUGGACUCUUCGGCGUCGCUGUCCUCCGACCCCCGCGUGACCCGACCCCGCCUGCUGCCCCGCAAGGUGUCCCAGCUAUAGGUGCUGAU